GCUGUGUAGUGCCCGAGCGCGCGUCGCCAAUAGAACAUACGAUAUUUAGAGCAUCGAGUGGCGCGCUCCGACUCUUGUGAUUUAGUGCUAGACGUGAACGCAACUGUUGUUGGUUCAGUUUCUGUGAUUAGUGCUCCAAAGAGUUUUACCCGCAAGAGACAAGAUACGCACGCGGCACACUCCUGGGCUUCUCACUUUUUCGUUCACACAAGAACGACGAUGAAGUCGACGAAACUGAAGCCACGUUUGAUACUACUGAGCGCUCUCUUGCUGAGCGUGGCAACGAGCAUCGGCGAAUCGGCGACGAUGAAGAAUCGCCGCGGCAAGAAGCCCACGAAGCAGGAGCAGAAAGACAUAAACGUGUGCGACAUCGAGCAGGCGGACUCGCCGUUCUAUUGUUACUGCAACGACAACAAAUUGGCAAGCGCCGAGGAGGCCAAUUGUCUGAUCUUCAACAGGUUCGAGCUGAGCGAUCCAAUCUGGGCGCAUUUCAAUUCACAGAUGUACAUCAGGAAAUUGAACUUUGUCGUGAAGAACGACGGCACGAUCACUUACAUACCGACGGCGGUGCUGAGGCAAUUGAAGACGCUCAAUACCGUGAGCUUUCAGCACGCCAAAUUCGACGCGAUCGAAAGUCAAGCAUUCUCCAGCUUACCAACUGUGGCCACUAUCAAUCUCGCUAAGAAUUCUAUUAACAUGCUCAAGUGGCACGCCUUCGAGAGCCUUGCCAAUCUGACGAUUCUCAAUUUGGACGAGAACUACAUCUCUGAGCUCAGCAGGGACAUCUUCUACGACGUACCAAUCCUUCAAAAGCUCUUCCUAAGUCACAACAACAUCUCCAUCUUGCACGACAAGGCUUUCAAACAUUUGCCAUCACUGCAAGAGUUGGAUUUGAACAGCAACAAAAUCGUCAACCUCAAAGCCGACAGUUUCAACGGGCUUUAUCAACUGCAACGUCUUGAUCUCCGUAACAAUCUCAUCGCCGAAAUCAAAGAGAACACCUUCGGUGAAUUACGCGAGUUGCAAGAGCUCGAGCUCGAUCAGAAUCAAAUUGAGUUCAUCGCUAACAAGGCGUUCAAUGGUCUAUAUCAUCUGAAAAAGCUUCGUCUGAGCGAGAACAAACUGUCGACUCUCGAGCCAAACUCGCUAAUUGGAGCGCCGAUGAUUGGCGUAAUCGACUUGAGGGACAAUGCUCUACGUACCAUGACUUUCGAAAACAUCAAGCCAAUCAUCACCAACUUCUACAAUAACUCGAGCUUCAUUUAUCUCGGAGGAAACAACUUGAUCUGCGACUGCAAGCUCUCCUGGAUUUGGGGGUUAAGAAACGAGACGAGGAAUCUGAAGCUCCGCGAGGACCUUGAAGAGCUGAUGUGCUUCCUUGACGCAAGCUUCGAGCCUAAAUUCGACUCUGGGGAAGACAUUAACCGUGCACUCGAGAUCGUUCGUAAUACUGGAUUCCAUAUGAAGCAAUUCGAAGAUUCACAGUACUUUGGUGACAACAAUUAUGAAGAUUACAGUGAUGACGCCGAGGAUAGUCGUCGUGUUGGGCAACAGAUGAAAAUGGACGGCAAAAUGGGCUACAUACGGCAGCUGUUCCGAUUACGACUCGAGGAUUUGCCGUGUCCAACAUCGCGCGAAGAAGUCAUGGCAUCGGAACAACCGUCAGGCCGUUCAUCGCAUGGCUCGUCAUUGUUUUCCUUUGUAUCCGGUGGUGCAGCUCAAGUAACAUCUCGCCAACUAGCCCACAUUAUCCUUGGCGUUGCUCUUGCCGCUCGAUUUGUUUGCACGUAGGAGAUUAAUAUUCGCGACACUCUUCUUUGCUAAGUCUAACUCGACCAUGCGAGUCCACCGCGUUCUUUCUUUUUUUGUUUCUGUUCUUCAUUCUUUGGCAUCGUUCGUAAAUAUUUUGGCUUUCGUUUCAAAACAAGUAAAAGGACUCGCAUGCUCGAGUUUUUGGUGAAUGAUAAAAAAAAGCAAAAAAAAAAGGGAAUUGACCGCGCGAGCGUGGAUUCGUUAAAGUAGCGCGAGAUCGCUUUGUGAUGUGCUUGCGAACUUGCGAAGCACGGGGACAUCACGUAAGACAAUCUAAAGUAACAAACAAACACGGAUGAAAAUCGACUCUGCUUACUGGAGUCUUAUUCAACGAGAGUUGACCUGAGAACACGUCAAUGGUUUGUUUUUUAUUUUCUUAUCACACUCAUUUCUUAUUCACUUACAUUCGUGAUUACUAAUUUAUUAUUCGUUAUUAUGGAUUGUACUAACAUUGUAAUUCCUAAGCCUAACGUUCAUCUAACGUGUGAUACGAAAAUACGAGCAAAAGUUUAUUAUUAUUCAUACCAAUGAGUCAGAAAAAAUUUUUUUUUGACUUGACUUUUUAUUAUGUAGCUGGAGGGAGGGGGCGUUCAAAUUUUUGUCAGUGAUCGCCUACUGCGGUGCCAGCAAAAUAAAUCUCUAUUAAAGGUGUGUCACUGUAUCAUAAAGAAAAUACCAAAAAAUAUAGUAUUGUCGCGCGUGGCAUAUUUAAAGAAGAAAAAAAACAGAGUUAACUUGACACUUUCGCUUUUUCCGUAGGCCAUUCUUAAAAGUGUUACCUAUGACUUUCAUCAUUGUCGCUAUAUCAAUUAGAUCGUUAAAGCUAUUUUAUUUAUACAAUGCUUCGUGAGUGAAAUCGCAUUUUAGGCUUUCUUUUUUUUAUUGACGACUUUCGCAGUAAAUGAUUUCUCCGAAAUUAUCAAAUUGACGCCAAUUUUAUAGCCUCAUGUUUUUUAUAAUAAGGCGUUUGGUAUACCUAUUAGAUUGAUAAAAAAAGUAUCGCAAAAUGAUUGCUACGAUAAUUUUCUUUGCGAUCGAUGGUCACAUUGUAUUUAUAUAAGAUAAAUUUAUUGUAACUGUAAGUGUAAUUAAUUAUACGUAAAUAUUAAUAUUAGUAGCGCGUUUAUGAUGAUUCAACACUGCGAAAAUGUUUUGUAUUGUGAAUGCUCACUUGCGCGAAAUAUUUUUGUCCAUUGUGAAGUUUUUUGCUGCUUUUAAUGAUGCAUAAUGAACAAAUAUUAAUCAUUUCUUUUUAAAUAAACUAUCAGUGAAAAUGCAACCUGUUGCUAUUAAGAUGUAAGAUUUCAGAUAUACUUGGCGGAGUUUUUUAUUUUAUAAAUAUGAGUUUUUCUAGAGAAAAAUAAAAAUAAAAACGUUAAAGUGAAUUUUAUGCGCAGAUUGUACAACUCAUCUAUACAUAUUAAAUAAAUAAGAAGAUAAAUUAAAAUGACAGUUAAAUUAUCGAUGUAAAGCGUUCCAAAACUCUUGGGCGUCGUGGAACUUCAUGAAAUUUCGAUGUUCUCUUUAAAAAAUAAGAAUUUACCAAGAUACACUGUUAAAGCAUAAUUAAACACAAUAUAGAAGUUUAAAUAGGUAGUUCGACAUUUUCCGAGCCAUUUUCGACCCGACAGCCGUAUUUAAAUAUUAAUCAUUUUCAAGAUUUUAUGACUUCUAGACUCAAUAAAGCAAUAAACAUGUUCAUAUGUUGGAGAGAUGGAAUAAAUACUAAAAUUUAUAUGAAACGGUCAGCACAAAAUUUCGUUAUGUCGGAAAUUGAAAAAUUAUAACAUAUCUAAAAUUCCUAAUAUUAACAUCAAUAUUUCAUCAUUUUUAUCUGAAUACAGACUGAGCAUUUACGCACAUGAUUUUCUAAGAAAGUUUUUACCUGAAUUUACACUUUUGCAUUUUUGUAUUUCCUAAUGUAAGAGUAUUUGACUGUCGGGUUGAAAAAAGAGCACUUUCGCAAGACUUGAAAAAAAAAAACUAUGCUUGACGUUGGAGAAAUCGUAUGAAUAAAAAUGAAAAUAAAAGCUAUAAACUAAUUAUAGUGUUUUUUUCUAAACAUUUUUUUCUAAACGUUACAAUUGUUCUUUUUAUAUUUUACCUUAUUUCUUUCCUAUAAUGUUGUAAGAAAUAUUAAUUUUGUCGCAUAAGCUACAAUAAGACGAUGUUCAUAUUAAUUAUAAAUUGCGUAAGGUCAAGCAAGAAAUAUACUUAUUAUGGAUCAUUGUCCGCUGUAUUAUGUAUAAUACAUGUUCUUUUAUAAAAUUUAGCAAUAAUUGCGAAAAAAUAAA